AUGCCCUCCCCUCUCCCGCCUCGCACCUCCCCGCUGAGGGGCUUCUCCGUGCCUCCCGACUCCAGGCCCUGCAGCAGCCCCUGUGUGCCGCUGGGGCAGGCCAGUUGCCCCCGACGCCUUCCCAGCAAAUUCUCCUGGUGCAUCAUCGACUGGGACCACGUGCGCCUCCUGCACCCCCUGGGCGCUGGUGGCUUCGGGGCUGUGUACAAGGCCACCUACCACGGGGUGCCCGUCGCCCUCAAGCAGGUGAAGAGGAGCGCCAAGAACCGGCUGGCAUCGCAGCGCAGCUUCUGGGCAGAACUCAACGUGGCCAGGCUGCGCCAUGCCAACAUCGUGCAGGUCUUGGCAGCCAGCACGCGCACCCCCGCUGGCCUGGACAGCCUGGGCACCGUGAUCAUGGAGUUCGGUGGCCACUUCACGCUGCACCAGCGCAUCUACGGGGCUGCCCCUGGCCCUGAGCUGCACGAGGCCCUGGACGGCGCCUGGGCAGAGCCACUGAGCCUGGGCACCUGUCUCAAGUAUGCCCUGGACGUGGCCAACGGCCUGCUCUUCCUUCACUCCCAGAGCAUCGUGCACUUGGACCUGAAGCCGGCCAACAUCCUCAUCAGUGAUCAAGACGUGUGCAAGAUUGGGGACUUCGGCUGCUCGGAAAAGCUCAAAGGCCUGCUGGGCGUCCAGAAGGCCGGUUGGCACCUAGGUGGCACUUACACCCACCGGGCCCCUGAGCUCCUCAAAGGAGAGGCCAUCACGCCCAAAGCCGACAUCUACGCCUUUGCCAUCACGCUCUGGCAGAUGGCCACCCAGGAGGCGCCUUUCUCCGGGGACCGAGAGUACGUGCUCUAUGCCGUGGUGGCCUGCCACCUCAGGCCGCCGCUGUCGGCCGCUGUCUUCACGGAGGCCACCCCUGGCAGGGAGCUCCAGAGCAUCAUCCGGCGGUGCUGGGCGGCCAACGCCGGGCAGAGGCCCAGUGCGGACCUUCUCCUGCUGGACCUGAGCUCGUUAAAAGCGGAGUACGGCUGA